AUGCCUCCCACGCCCAAGGCAAACUACAAAACCUACGAGGCCCAGGCCCGUCUGCUUCGCGCCAUUGUCGCCGCUCACCCCGAGGUGAAGUGGAACUACAAGGACAUCACGGAAUGCUUCGGAUCUGAUAUGACCAAGGAUGCGCUGAACCAUCGCUUCCGCCGUCUUCGUGCUGAAGCAGUCAUCAUUGCCGAGGCCCGGCAGCAGGGUCUGGACAUGAAGAAUCUCGAUUCCAGUGACAGCCUGCCCACGGCCCAGAAAGACGUCGACAGAUCCAACAUUGCAAAGUACUUUGGUGGCUCCACCGGCGACGGUAUCCAGUUCCAGUUCCGGGGUAUCAAGAAGGACGCCGACAAGAUCCGCAACAUCGCCGACGAGGGCGGCGAUCCCAACAGCGUCCCUCUCAUCGGUCUCGGCGCCGCCGGUGCCUCUGCCCAGUCCACGCCCUCCAGGGGCCCCCGCGGUGGCGCCGCCCGCGCGACGCCCUCCACCGCCGGUGGCCGGAAGCGCAAGAUCAAGGAGGAGACACCCGUAAAGGCCGAGCUCGUGUCCGACGACGAGUUCUCCUCGGGCGUCAACUACGAGGAGAUUGACCGCGAGGAGACCCCGAGCAAGCGCAUGAGGGGCCCCGCGACGACACCCAGGACCGCCGCCUCGGCACGCAAGAACGGCACGCCCUCCCGCCGGGCGGCCAGUCAGGCUGCCGAUACGAUCGCCACCUCCGCAGCAGCAGCGGGUAGCAGUAACUCGGACGAGGAGCCGCGGACGUACAUGGCGCCCAAGAGCAUCUUUGGCGAUGGGAACGGUACUACUAGCGGGAAGGCUGGCCUGAACGGUUCCCGCCUGUCUGAUAUGGUUGGUGCUAUCGAUCCCUAUGUCGGCGCGCCUUCUGCUCACCAGGAUGACAUGUCCGUCAUUGAUGGUGAGGAAGGUGAGAUUUAA